AUGGCCGCGAGGUUCUCCCCAAUGGAUAAUGGAUCCUACGUCACUGGCCCCUCUUGUACUCCGUACCUCGACCUCCAUCCACCACCAUCCUCCAUCCUCCAUCCUCCAUCCUCCAUCCUCCUGCAUCUUCAUCUUCAUCCGCCGUCGAGGCAAACCCCGAAAUCCUCUGCUUCUGCCCCGACGCCCGCGUCAACAAUGCCCCUCUUCCCCGCGUACCUAAUAUCACCCCAAGCCACGUCCUCCCUACCAGCAGGCUACACCAUCCGCCCCCUCGACAAGGACGACUACGCCAAGGGCUUUCUCCAAUGCCUGCAGGACCUCACCUGGACGGGGGACCAAACCGCCGAGCAGUUUAACGCCCGCUACGACGACAUGGACACCCAGGGCAAAGGGCCGUACUACUACCUCGUCAUUGAGCACGGCGGCAGGGUCGUGGGCACCGGGGCCGUCGUGGUCGAAAAGAAAUUCAUCUGGAACAGAGCCUCGGUAGGCCACGUUGAGGAAAUCUGCAUCGCAAAGGACCACCAAGCUAAGGGCUUAGGCCUCGCCAUGAUUCGAGCCCUCGACAGCGUGGCCAGGAACGUGGGGUGCAGGAAGUGCCUGUUGAACUGCGACCUGGCCAAGAGCGGGUUUUACGUCAAGUGCGGGUAUAGCAGCAGCGGGGUGGAGAUGCAGCAUUCCUUCGAUGAUGACGCCCCGUCGGCUGACGCAAUCUACCGGGGCGUGGGGUGCCUCUUGUUGCAGAGCUGGCGGACCAUCGCUCGUCUUGGAGGCGCGCAGACACGGAAAGAGACGCAAAAGGCCUUGCAUUGCUCCCCAAAGCUUGGCAGUGUCACCGCAUUUGCCGGCGCUGCGCCUCUACAAGAAUUGUUUUCUCAACACCAAGUGGUCGAGCGCAAGAUCGCUGCCAACUGA